AUGGUAGUGCUAAGAGAGGGGGAUUACGUGUGGAUCGAUUCCAGUAUUGGGGUGCCGAUCGGCGCCAAGGUCAAAGUCACCAGUGCCGGACACCGGCUGCUCGUUGACGAUGAAGGGAAGGAGCACAAGAUCACCAGGAGGAACGAGGCUUCGCUUCGGCCGAUGAACCCCACGUCUGUCAGUGGGGUGGAUGACAUGAUCAGACUGGGGGACCUCAACGAAGCAGGCCUUCUGCGCAACCUCAUGAUCCGGCACAGAGAAGGCCUCAUAUACACGUACACAGGCUCUAUCCUGGUAGCAGUCAACCCCUACCAGCUACUGCCCAUCUACACGGCCGAGCAGGUGCGCCUCUACCACAACCGGAGGCUGGGCGAACUGCCCCCUCACAUCUUCGCCAUCGCCGACAGCUGCUACUACAACAUGCGCCGCAACCGGAAGGACCAGUGCUGCAUCAUCAGCGGGGAGUCUGGUGCUGGCAAGACGGAGAACACCAAGCUGAUGCUGCAGUUCCUGGCUGCCGUGAGCGGUCAGCACUCCUGGAUCGAGCAGCAGAUCCUGGAGGCCAAUCCCAUUCUUGAAGCCUUCGGCAAUGCAAAGACAAUCCGGAACGACAACUCCAGCCGCUUUGGGAAGUACACUGACAUCUACUUUAACGAGAACUGGGUAAUCGAGGGGGCGCGUGUGGAGCAGUACCUGCUGGAGAAGUCCCGCGUCUGUCGCCAGACCGCGGAAGAACGAAACUACCACAUCUUUUACUGCAUGCUGUUGGGGCUGCCAGCUGAGAAGAAGAAGAUGCUGUCUUUGGGAAACGCUGAAGAGUACACUUACUUGACUAUGGGAAACUGUACUACCUGUGAUGGAAGGGAUGAUGCCAAAGACUACGAGCGCAUUCGCUCGGCCUUGAAGAUCCUAACCUUCACAGAGAAAGAAUCCUGGGAGAUUAUCAAGUUGCUGGCCGUGCUGCUCCACCUGGGCAAUGUCAACUUUGAAGGCACUAUCAUGAACAACCUGGAGAGCUGUGACAUCAUGAACUCAGAUCAUUUCAAAAUGGCCGCUAAGCUGCUGGAGGUGGAUACCAAGACAUUGGAAACCAGUCUAACAUACCGCUCCAUCCUGACCAAUAAGGAGACUGUGUCUAAGCCCCUCAGCUCUGAGCAGGCUAUAGAUGGCAGGGAUGCCUUUGCCAAGGCCAUUUAUGGCAGGAUUUUUGUAUGGAUAGUUGAGAAAAUCAACACUGCCGUCAACAAAUCUCCUGCUAAUGGUCCUAAGUCUCUCCGUAAAUCCAUUGGGCUGCUGGACAUCUUUGGCUUUGAGAACUUUAGCAAAAACAGCUUUGAACAGCUGUGCAUCAACUUUGCGAAUGAGCAGCUACAGCAGUUCUUCGUGCAGCACGUCUUCAAGCUGGAGCAGGAUGAGUACAACCGCGAGGACAUAGUCUGGAAGCACAUUGUCUUUAAUGACAACCAGCGCACCUUGGAUUUGCUUGCAAUCAAGCCCCUCAACAUCCUGGCCCUCAUCGACGAAGAGAGCACCUUUCCAAAGGGUACGGACAUUACCAUGUUGAACAAGAUUAACCAAAUGCAUGGGAAGAGCAAGACAUACAUUUCUCCAAAGAACAACCAUGAUGUCCAGUUUGGGAUCCAGCACUUCGCUGGAGUGGUCUACUAUGACUCUGAAGGUUUUCUGGAGAAAAAUAGAGAUUCUGUGAGCUCAGACAUCCUGAAGCUGGUGGAAUCAUCAACCAGCAAGCUCCUCAAGCAGGUCUUCAGACCUGACAUCACCUCAAAUGCAGUGAUGAGCUCUGCCCGCAACAGCCGGGUAAUAAUGACCCCUAAAAGUACCUUACGGCAAGUGGCAGAAACGAAGAAGCAGAUGCCCACAUUGAGUGGUCAGUUUCGCCAGUCAUUGGAUUCCCUGAUGAAGGCUCUAGCUGUCUGCGAGCCCUACUUUGUACGGUGCUUUAAACCCAACGAGUACAAAAAGCCCUCGCUGUUUGACAGGGAGCUGUGUAUGAGACAGCUGCGUUACUCCGGGAUGAUGGAGACCAUUCGAAUUCGAAAAUCGGGGUACCCCAUCCGGCACACCUUCGCGCAGUUCUUGAAUCGGUACCGGGUGUUGCUGAGGACCACAAUUUGUGACCCCAAUAAGGAACCUGCUGACAAGUGCUGUGACUGCAUCUGCAAGGCUGUCAUUCAAGGACAGGGAGACUGGAAAAUUGGAAUGACAAAGAUUUUUCUGAAGGAUUUCCAUGACUCCCUACUGGAGAUGGAGAGAGACAGGGAGAUGCACCGGAAAGCCGCCAUCAUCCAGAGAGCCAUGCGAGGCUACAAGCACAGGAGGAACUUUGUUUCAAAAAGGAAGGCAGCGUUACUCAUACAGAAAACCUGGAGAGGCUACAAAGGCAGGCAACAGUACAGAAAGGUCUACUUGGGUUACGCCCGGCUUCAGGCUAAAAUCCGUAGUCGACAGGCGAACUACCGCUACAUGCAGCAGCGGGAGGCAGCCGUGGUGUUGCAGGCCCAGGUCCGGGGAUACCUGAAGAGGAAAGAGUGGGACAGCAAGAAGAAAGCCGUCAGGCUGCUGCAGGCCUACACCAGAGGAAUGCUGGCCCGGAAGUCCGUGGAAAGUAUCAGGAAUGCUGCUUUUCUUUCUGCCCAGGAGCAGCGAGCCCAAGAGGAGCAUGCUAAGGAGCUGCAGAAACGUCUGGAGUCGGUCCUCCAGAAGCAGGAGGCCAGCACAAAGCCCCAGGAGGAAAUUAACGAACAAGAAAUGGUGGAGAAUAUCUUUGGCUUCCUGCCUCCCACAGUCGGAGGGCAGGAGGGAGAAGCUCCGGUCGGAUUUGAGGAUCUGGAGGGGAAGAAGGUUGUGAUGGAAGAAGUGGUAAUAGAAAAAGAGGACUUGCCUUUUGUGGAGGAAGCUCCUGAGAAGGAAGAGGAGGAAAUUGACGAUGAGCACUCCUUCGCCAAAUUCGCCUCCAUGCACUUCCACGCUUCAGCUACGCACACACACAUCUGUCAGAGGCUUCGCCACACCCUGCUGUUCCAUGAAGAUGAAGGCGAUGCCCUGGCUUGUAAGACCGUGUGGUGGAUGAUCCUGAGGUUUAUGGGGGACAUUCCCGAGCCCAGACAGCAGGCUGAGGAUGCGAACCAGUCCAUCCGACAGAACCUGGGACAAAGGAAGGACCGUCGCCUUAGCAACCUGAUUGGCCUUGAACAGAAAUUGCUGAAAAGAAACAAAAAAGGGAGCAAAGAGCCUGGAACUGCCAGCAAGAAAAGGAAGCCCUCGAUGAUCCCAGAAGAGCCUGUAGUAGAAGCCCCACAAGAGUCAACCCCAAAGGAGGAGGCUUAUGUAAUGGUCGGAGAAGGACCCACCCUGGAUCGACCAAUGACCUCUCUGGAAAAACUCCAUGUGAUUGUUGGAUAUGCCAUUGUCAGACCAGGCAUCAGGGAAGAGAUCUACUGUCAAAUCUGCAAGCAGCUGAGCAAGAACACAAAGCGCACCAGCUGUGUCCUUGGCUGGACUCUACUGUCCAUCUGCCUGGGCAUCUUCCCUCCGACCGAUCGCUUUAUCAAGGUCCUCCAAAACUUCAUCCAAUCCGGUCCCGCUGAGCACUCAGCUCACUGUGCCGAGAGGUUACAUCGCACCAUUGCUAACGGGGUGCGCGGUGAACCCCCCUGCUGGAUAGAGCUGCAGGCGACCAAGACAAAAAAGCCCAUGAUAGUGUCAGUGGCCCUGAUUGAUGGCAAGAACAUCAGUGUGCCCGUAGACUCAGCCUCCACCUCAGGGGAAGUCUGCAACUUCAUUGCCCGGAAAAUCAAACUAAAGGACACCUUUGGCUUUUCUCUUUACAUCGCCCUGUAUGAAAAGGCAUGGUCCCUGGGCAGUGGUGGAGAUCACGUUAUGGACGGCAUCUCACAGUGCGAGCAGGAAGUGAAGAGGAAGGGCGGGGAGGAGCAACAUGCCCCCUGGCGCCUGUACUACCGUAAGGAGGUGUUUGUCCCCUGGCACGACUGCAGGCAGGACGCCGUCGGCACUGACCUCAUCUACAGACAGAUCAUCCGAGGACUCAAGCGCGGGGAGUACCAGUCCGACAAGGAGGACGAUUUUGUCCAGCUUGCAGCAAAGCACUUCUACGUACAGUUUGGGGCCGACAGCAGGGAAGAAAAUGCUAAGAAAGUUGUGCAAGACUGCAUUACCAUCACUCUGAUUGAAGCAAAGUCAGAAACCAAAUGGGUGCAGCUGGUAAAAGCUGCACACAUUCAGAAUCCUGACAUAAAUUCCAAGAAGGAUCCUGAUCUUGUGAAAAAGGAAGUGGUUGAUUACGCUCGGCAUAGAUGGCCGAUGUUCUUCGCUAAGUCUUUUCAAGUUGUAAAGAUAUUGGGUCCCCCUUUACCCCAAAACAAGUUUGUUGUCACCAUCAACUGGACUGGAAUCUUUUUCCUGGAUGAAAAGGAGAGGAACCUCCUGGAAUUGUAUUACCCAGAGGUGACCGGGGUCAGCCUUGUGAGUGAUACUACUAUGUCUUCUGACCAGUCAGUUCUUCUGACCACGAUGAAGGGGGACUUCACCCUCAGCACUGUCUCGGCUGGGGACAUGGUAGAGCUAGUGCACAUGUUUCUAGUGGGGCUGAAGGAGCGUUCCAACUAUGCUAUAGCUUUGCAGGAUGCCAACAGGCAAGAUGAUCCCAAUUUUCUCAGCUACAAGAAAGGAGACCUACUCCUCAUUAUCAAAGACAACGAGUUCUCACCUGACCAACGCUGGAUGAAAUGCCAAAAUGAGCGAACUGGUCAGGUUGGGAUGGUGUCUUCCGAUGCUGUCCUGGUUCUGGCCACUCUUGAAAAGCCCAAUAAUGAAGUGUUGGGCCUCCUCAACCUGUCACCGGAGCAGAGGAAGAGUGCUGUACAGACUGCCAUAAAAGAGGUAGGCACCACUGACAGAGUGGCGCCUAUCUCACUGAAAGAAUUCUCUUUUGAGUACUUCAGGCAGCCCAACAGGGACCGUCAGGCUGUCUCCAGGGAGAGGCUGUGGGCCUGCUCUCGGGAGCCCCUGAAGCAGCCACUGCUGAACAGCCUUGUGGGCAAUGCUGAGCUCAGCCAACUGGCCUGCCUGUCCUUCACCGCCAUCUUGAAGUACAUGGGAGAUUACCCCAUCAAGCACAUACGCAGUGCCCUGGAGCUCACCGACCAGAUAUUUGGCCCGGCCACCGAGCAUGAGGAACUGAGGGACGAGAUCUACUGCCAGAUCAUGAGGCAGAUGACUAGCAACAACAACAGGCUCAGCUUGGAGAAUGGCUGGCAGCUGAUGUGGAUGUGCUGCGGACUGUUCCGGCCCAGCUCGACCCUGCUGAGGCACACCCAGCGCUUCCUGGAGUCCCGGCCGAGGGAGCCCCUGGCCUCCGACUGCCUCCAGAGGCUGCAGGGCAUGCUGCGAAUGGAACCGAGAAAGCGGCCUCCUCACCAGGUAGAGAUUGACGCCAUCCAGCAGAACAGCACACAGAUCUUCCACAAAGUGCACUUUCCCAAUGAGACAGAGGAGAUCUUCGAGGUGAUGACCAACACCAGGAUCAGGGACCUCUGUCGCAUCAUUGCCGGAAGACUCAUGCUGUCAACAUCUGAUGGCUUCAGUCUUUUCGUAAAAACUCCCGACAAGGUGGUGAGCAUGAUUGAUUCAGACUACUUCUUUGACAGCCUGAGGCAGAUCACCGAUUUGUCAAAGAAAGGAAGAGUCAAAGAGUUAAAGAAAGGCAAAGAGGGAACUCCAGCAAGUAUGCCAUGCCUUGUGUUCUUCAUGAGGAAACUGUGGUUCAAUGUGGCACCUGGGAGAGAUUUGAGGGCUGACCUCAUCUUCCACUUCCCCCAGGAGUUCCCCAAGUACCUGCGUGGAUACCACAAGAGUACCAAGGAGGAGAUGUACAACCUGGCCGGCCUUCUCUUCAGAGCAAAGGUUGACACUGACAGGUCCGAGUUCAUCAUGAUUCCCAGGAUGCUGAAGGAGUUGGUGCCCACUGACCAGCUGAAUGUCUUGUCCCCUGAGGACUGGAAGAAACACAUAAUCGCAUCGUACAACAAGCAGGCUGGGAUGACAGUGGAUGAAGCAAAAGUGGCCUUCCUGAAGGUCAUCGCCCGAUGGCCUACGUUUGGCUGUACUUUCUUUGAAACAAGGCAAACCUCCCAAUCCAGUUUACCAAAUGUUAUAAGGUUGGCAAUCAGCAAGCAUGGAGUCGCCAUCAUUGAUCCCAAAACUAAGGAUGUGCUUGCAAAACACACAUUCAACGACAUAACAAACUGGUCCAGUGGAAGUACUUACUUUCACAUGACCAUUGGGAAUAUGGUCAAGGGAGGCGCGUUGCUCUGUGAGACCCCACUGGGUCACAAAAUAGAGGACCUUUUGACCUCCUACAUCAACAUGUAUCUCAAUGAGCGGAAAGCGGUGAGGCCCAAAAACCAAUUCUUUCGAAGCUGA